GAAUGUUACAACCAAUAAAAUAUUAUUUAUUUUGUUUUAUAUAAAAAUUUAAUUUGGUAAUUUAAAAAGAAUUGGGCUAUACUAUUUAAUUUCAAAAUUAGUUACUGGAAUAUAUAAAAUAUGAUCUAUAUUAAAUAUGAUAAACAGUCAAAUGAUAAUUACCUAAUGACAAUAUAUUUAUGUUUUCUUAGAAAUUUUAUUGUUUAGAUUUAUAUUGGUUUUGUUAGGAGAAUAUCAUAUAUGAGUAUUUUUAUGAUGUUUAGUUAAAUUUCUAAUGAAUGAUCUUAACAUAGACUUAUGUAUGGCAGAUAAAAAAAUAUGACUCUAUUUUAGUAGACUAGAUUGUAAAAGUAACUGUAAAUUAGUUAGUUUAUCUUUUUAAAAAAAAAUAUUAAUGCACAAAAUUCUUCUUUGUGGAACAAGACUAAAACCCAAAAAUCUUAUUUAUAGGAACAAAUGGAGUAUAUUUUAGGGAAAAUAGAAUAAAAACUCUCUCAUUUUUUCUUUAAAUUUAUCAAGUUUCCUUCUGAAGUUGAAUUAUCUAGCAUAACACAAACAACAGAGGUGGAGAGAUUUCCAUAAAAAUAUUAACUGAAACUUAUGAGGCUUGAAAUAAUUAUUAAGUGAAUAUUUUUUUUGAACCAUUUGAGAACUUAAUGAUAAAUACAUGUUAACCAUUAAUAUCUUGGAGACUUAAUUUGUCAUCACGGUAUGUCCAUGACCGCCUCUGAUUCCACCGAUAGAUCUUGUUUUAGAGUUGGGAGGUCGUUAAGUUUGGUGUCGCUAGCCACAUCCGGAAAGCUUGUUUUGAACUGUUCUGGUGAACCUACCGUCCAUACCACAAUUUAGAAACGUGCGUGCGGAUAAUUGUUCCAAGUAGCCUUUGCCGAGAAGGUAGGGUUAUAGGCAUGACCAGCUACAAAUGGGCCCUUUGGAAGAUAAGAAUAAAGCAGCCCAAAAGUGGUCUAACUUUCUAGCUAGAAGUUGCAAGACUUCCCAUUGCUCAUAUUACAGUUUAAGAGAGUUGACAUCAGGGGCCUUAACCUGAGUACUUAUGCCAAUACUAAUAUUCAUUUUCUCUUCGUUUCAGAGACCAGAAGCUCAAGCUCUUCCUCUAAAGGCCCAAACGACUUGCAAUUAUUUUCUAAACACGUUUUUCCAUCUAUUCGUUAUAAUGCGACUAAAUUGUACAUGAAUAAUAGCAUAUUAGAACACAUGCUUUGAUACUUGGCAUGUUCCUUUACAGUGGAAUACGAAUUUUGGCUAUUUUCUAUGUUUAUUUUUGCUUCAUGAACAAACAACUACAUUUCCUCUUUCCCAUAGUAUAGUAUAAGAGAAUAUAGGACGAAUCUAUGAAGCUCAAACAAUAUUGGAGUCUCUUGGGGAAAAUUUAGUUAAGCAAAGAAGAAGAAGGUAAACGUCCAAUCUCCAUUUUAUUUAAAUUUAUUGUGUACAUAUUUUUAUAAAACUUAAUCGCAUUAUACAUCUAAAAAACGUUUGUGCAAAAAUAUAUAUUUGUAAUUGAUCUUUAUAGGGUGUCAGUUUCGGAGAACAAACAAACGGAUAUGCCGAAUCUAUCAGAACUGGCCAUAACCGAUAAUCCAGCACUAAACUGGCUGAAAAACCAAGCAUAUUGGUACGAGAAAAUGGACUACUACGACGAGAAAGAAAGCGAAUUUGCAACUUCUGUUGCAGCUGCUGCGUUUGUCAUCAGAGCAAUGGAGGAAGCCUAUAAAGAAAAUGCGAAAAGAAUGAGAGAAGAAACCAAGAGGUCUCGCAAGAAGAAAACCAAUCCGGUAAUAGCUAAAUCCGAAGUAAAGAGAAUCAACAGAUCAUUUACUCAAGACUUGACCAUUGGAGAGGAGAGUUUCAAAAAACAACAGAUGGACAAUCCACAAAAGGACCGUAGGGAACAAGAGAUUGGCUCUUCCUCUAGAACAUUGGGACUUGCUUCAGCGCCAAGUAAAGCAGAUUCUUGGGAAAAAUCUCAACUCGACAAAAUCAAAUUAAGGUAUGAGAAAAUGAAAGCUGAAAUUGUGGGUUGGGAAAAUGAGAGAAAAUCAGCAGCUAAACUCAGAAUGGAGAAAAGAAAGAGUGAGUUGCAGAAAAGAACAGAAAUAAAUAACCAGCAUUAUAAGACAAAGUUAGCACGGAUCCAAGUUAUUGCUGAUGGAGCCAAGAAACAGCUUGAGGAGAAGAAGAGGAGCCAAGAAGCUCAAGUUCAAGAAAAAGUUAAGAAAAUGCGUCGAACUGGAAAAGUCCCUGCCAAUUAUUUAUGCUUUCGAUUUAAUUACUAAAAUAAUAACUAGUUCUAUUAAUUAUACUAUAUUCGUGGGUGUUGUCUAUGAAAAAUCGAUAAACUAUGAUUGGUAAUCUCACAAAUAAAUAGAAAGUAGAAAGUAAUUAUACUUUUGUA